UCUUUUUCUUCUUCUUCUUCUUCAUAAAACCCAAACUUGAGGGUACUAUUCAUCACUUUAGAAGUCCAAUUUCGAUAGCUCAAAUAAAAAAACUUCAUUCAUCAAAGUUGUUCAUCUGUUCGAAUACUACAACAUACCCAAACAUGAGCAUCAUCAGACCGGUCUAGCUACCUCGACCCGGCUAUGACAUUUCUAUGUUUAUCCAUGGCUGGUUGUUCCUCAGUUGGAGAACUUUGACAUCCAAAAAUCAGAGCAAUCCAACUACUCUAACUAUGUCUGUGGUAAGCAUGUUCGUCGCUUCCUCGGAUUCUGCUGUUAUCACUGUAAAGUACCUUAUUCACUCUUGUAUGUCACUUUUCCCUUGCUCAGAUGACAAUACUUCCUUCAUGAAGCUUGUUCAGAAUUCUUUUCUCUACAAUAUAUCCAAAAAUAGUCGCAGUCUAACAAGUGUAGCUUUCUCGGCAGUGGUACACCUGAAACAAGCUUUUGGUAGUUUUCAAGUGUUGUUUGAAUUGUUUAUUUCUCUUUGGAAGCUUCACGUAGCUUUCGCACCAAUAUUAAGGAAUCAGUUACCCAAGCAAGAACAAUUUGAGUUCAAAGGUGUAGAAUUCAAGUGAGGCAUUAGCUUUGGAUUCCAGGUAGGGGGGACUCACUCCCGGACUUGUAUUUUUGUGUAUGUAUGACAUUGUAUAUAUUGUUGUGUGCGAAAACGAAAACUGUAAUGUUUGUG